AUGGUCUGUUUGUCUUCUGUCUCGCUUCGAUUGCUUCUACCAAACUGCCUGCAGGUAUUUUGGGAACCGACAAUAGAGCGAAAGAUAGACGAGAAUCUAGAGCGAACGAUCCCAAAUUCUGCCAGCCCCUAUACACUGAAUGAACCUGCGGUAUAUGAGCCCGAAAGUACCAAACCUGCAUCUAGCCUCAGAAGGCCUCCACCAGUUUACAGUCCAAAGCCGACGGAGAAAGCAGAAGCGUCAAAAAUCAGUUCAAUUGAAGACUAUCAUGACAUAUCACAGACGGACUCUAUGCAAUCAGACGACAACAUGGAUAGCCAAAUCAUUAUGCUCCCUCGCAUCCCUCCAAACAUUCGAUUUGUUAAAGGCAAGAUUAUGAGAACGGAAUACACUGAUUUCUCCACUCCUCAAUCACACGGUGGAAAGAAGAUUGCCCCUGAAGAUGGUGCAGAAUACUAG